UGCUUUUGGGGGCCGGCGCUGCCCGGGCCGGACUCGGAGCGGAGGAGAAGCGGGAGGGAGAGGAGGGGGAGAAGGAGGAGGAGGAAGAGGAGGGACAAAGGAAGAGGAGGGACAAAGGAACCGAACCACCGGGAGGAAGAGGCGCCCAAACCCCACGCGGUUCCCCCGCUCGGGCCGCAGCUGCCGCGGCCCCGCCGGCAUCGCCGCCCGGAGCCCGCAGGAGCUGAGCAUGGAGAGCAGCGAGGAGCCGGUGGCAGAGGCCGUUUGGAGCGGCUCCACGGCUCGGCAGGGAGAAGCCAACGGGGAGGAGAAGCCGCGGAGAUCCCUGAGCAGGAGGGGCUGCAAAGGCAGAGCGCGGGGAUCCGAGGGGGAAAGAGCCAGCCUGGGCCAUGGAGGGGCUCAGAGAUCCGAGCUGGGGCCCCGUGAGCAGCUCCAGGGUGGGGAGGAGAAGCCCCACAAGUGCUCCGAGUGUGGGAAGAGCUUCAAGAGGAGAUCCUGCCUGAUUGUGCACCAGAGAACCCACACGGGAUCUGAGGGGGAAAAACCCAGCCUGGAGCAGGGUCAGAGCUCAGAGCUGGGGGUCCAAGAGCAGCUCCAGGGUGGGGAGGAGAAGCCCCACAAGUGCUCCGAGUGCGGGAAGAGCUUCAAGCGCAGAUCCUGCCUGAUGCAGCAUUGCAGAAUCCACACGGGGGAGCGACUGUACCAGUGUGACCAGUGCCAGAAGAGCUUUAGGAGCCGCUCAGAACUCGUGGGGCACCAGUGCUCACACACGGACGAGAGGCCCUUCCAGUGCCCCGACUGCGGGAAGGGCUUCAACCUCGUCUCCACCCUGAACAGGCACCGGAUGAUCCACACCGGGGAGAGGCCCUACAAGUGUGAUCAGUGCAAUAAGAGGUUCCUGACCAGCACCAACCUCCUCCAUCACAAGCUCAUCCACACCGAGGAGAGGCCGUUCCACUGUCGAGACUGCGGGAAGGGCUUCAGGCAAAAGUCCACCCUGAUCACCCACCGGCGCAUCCACACUGGGGAGAGACCCCACGAGUGUCCCCAGUGUGGGAAGGGCUUCAGAGCAAGGUCCUACCUGACUGCCCACCUGAGGAGCCACACCGGGGAGAGGCCCUAUGAGUGUGGGGAGUGCGGGAAGAGUUUCAUGUCCAAGUACAAACUGACGUACCACCAGAGGAGCCACACGGGGGAGCGACCCUACGAGUGUGACCAGUGCCAGAAGAGGUUUGUGAGCAGCUCUGAACUCGUGGUGCACCAGCGCUCACACUCAGACGAGAGGCCCUUCCAGUGCCCCGACUGCAGGAAGCGCUUCAAAAGCGUCUCCGAACUCAACCAGCACCGGCGCAUCCACACCGGGGAGAGGCCCUACGAGUGUGGUCAGUGCAAGAAACGGUUUCGGAGCAGCUCCAAUCUCCUCAGUCACCAGAUCACCCACACCGAGGAGAGGCCGUUCCGCUGCCGUGAGUGCGGGAAGGGCUUCAGACGCAAGUCCCACCUCAACACCCACCGGCGCAUCCACACUGGCGAGGGACUCCAGGAGUGUCCCCAGUGUGGGAAGAGCUUCAGAACGAGGUCCACCCUGACUGUCCACCUGAGGAGCCACACCGGGGAGAGGCCCUACAAGUGUGAUCAGUGCCAGAAGGGCUUUUACACCUCGUCUGAUCUCCUCAGUCACCAGCGCAUCCACACGGACGAGAGGCCCUUCCGCUGUCCCGAUUGUGGGGUGGGAUUCAAACACAACUCUGCCCUCAUCGCCCACCGGCGCAUCCACACCGGGGAGAGACCCUACCAGUGUCCCCAGUGUGGGAAGGGCUUCAGAGCGAGCUCCCACCUGACUGCCCACCUGAGGAGCAUCCACACCGGUGAGAGGCCCUAUGAGUGUCCCCAGUGUGGGAAGAGUUUUAUCCAGAGCUCCAAGCUGACUGUCCACCUCAGAAUCCACAACGGGGAGAGGCCCUACAAGUGUGAUCAGUGCCAGAAGGGCUUUUACACCUCGUCUGAACUCCUCAGUCACCAGCGCAUCCACACGGAUGAGAGGCCUUUCCGCUGUCCCGAAUGUGGGGUGGGAUUCAAGCACAACUCGACCCUCAUCGUCCACCGGCGCAUCCACACCGGGGAGAGACCCUACCAGUGUCCCCAGUGUGGGAAGGGCUUCACCCAGAGCUCCCACCUGACUGCCCACCUGAGGAGCCACACUGGGGAGAGGCCCCAGGAGUGAGAUCAGUGCCCGAAGAGGUUUCAGAGCAGCUCCCAUCUCCUCAGUCACCAGCGCAUCCACACCGAGGAGAAGCCCCACAAGUGCUCCGAGUGUGGGAAGAGCUUCAGGUGGAGAUCCAACCUGACUGUCCACCUGAGGAUCCACACAGGGGACAGGCCCUUUGAGUGUGCUGAAUGCCAUCAGAGGUUUUACAGCAGCGCCCAUCUGGUCAGUCACCAGCGCAUUCACACCAACGAGCGGCCAUUUUGCUGUCCUGAUUGUGGAAAGGGAUUCAGGCAGAAGUCACACCUGGUUAUCCACCGACGCAUCCACACCGAGGAGAGACCCUAUAAGUGUGGGGAGUGUGGGAAGGGCUUCACCUUGAGCUCCCACCUGAUUUGCCACCAGAGGAGCCACACGGGGGAGCGACCCUACGAGUGUGACCAGUGCCAGAAGAGGUUUGUGAGCAGCUCUGAUCUCCUGGUGCACCAGCGCUCACACACGGACGAGAGGCCCUUCCAGUGCCCCGACUGCGGGAAGGGCUUCAACCGCGUCUCCACCCUGAACAGGCACCGGAUGAUCCACACCGGGGAGAGGCCCUACAAGUGUGGUCAGUGCGAGAAAAGGUUUGACAGGUCCUCCCAUCUCCUCCGUCACCAGCUCAUUCACACCGAGCUGAGGCCUUUCUACUGCCCUGACUGCGGAAAGGGCUUCAAGAACAACAGCAACCUCAUCACCCACCGGCGUAUCCACACCGGGGAGAGACCCUACAAGUGUGAGCAGUGCCAGAAGGGCUUUUACUCCUCGUCUGAUCUCCUCAAGCACCAGCGCAUCCACACGGAUGAGAGGCCCUUCCGCUGUCCCGAUUGUGGGGUGGGAUUCAAAGAGAAGUCAAGCCUCGUCAAACACAGGAGGAUCCACACCGGGGAGAGACCCUACAAGUGCCCCCAGUGUGGGAAGGGCUUCAUAGACAGCUCCAACCUGACUGUCCACCUGAGGAGCCACACCGGGGAGAGGCCCCACAAGUGUCCCCAGUGUGGGAAGAGCUUCACCACAAGUGGCAGCAUGACCAAACACCAGAAGAGCCAUCACUGAGGGCAGCCCUGGGUGGGAAGAGCUCCGUGCGCUGCUCCAGCUCCAUCUCACACGGGAGGAUCUGCCCUGGAUGGUCCCCAGUGAGCCCAGGUGGGCAGAGCCCCCUUGAUCCUUGUGUGGAGCACACCUGGCUGGGGGCUCCACAUCCUCCUGGCUCCCCGUGGUCACCUGAGCUCAUCCACACUCCAAGAUCAGAAAUCCAUUGUGGAGAGCACAUUUGUCAACUUCUGACCCCAGAAAAAGUUUUUCUGUCAUUUUUUCCGUAAUUUUUUCCAUGAGGGGGAUGCUGGGUCCAUGGAGUUGAGGGUGCCUGGGACAGAUUUGGGGGCUCCUCAGGGCUUUGGGCACCCCAGGCCCAGCAGCUCCAUCUGGGGCAGCAGAUCAAGGACCCCCUGCCCUGGCAGUGUCCCCACGUCCUCCCGUCCUGGUUCCUGCUGUCCCCUGUCCAGGAUCCUGCUCUCAUCCGAGUCCAGAUCCCAUUCCUGGUUUAAUACUUGUCCCUGUCCCAUAUUCUCUAUCAGGUUGCCAUUCCCGUAUUCCCUGUCCUGUUCCCCUUUUCCUAUUCCAGUCCCCAAUUCCCAUUUCUCUAUUCCCCGUCCCGUUCCCAUUUUCUGAUUCCUGAUCCCAAUUCCCAUUUCUCUAUUCCCUGUCCCGUUCCCAUUUUCUGAUUCCUGAUCACAAUACCAGCCCCUCUCCUGAUUCCCAAUCCCCGUCCAGUAUUCACGCUCCAUUUAAAUAAAAUGUGUCACGGACAUAUUUUAUUAAAAAAUCCUUUCCUUAGGAUCUUUUUCUCCUGGGAAGCUGAG